CCCAAGCGGAAGUGAAAAAGGAGGAACGCGUCUCUUGGUGCGCUGGUCCGGUACUUCCUUUGUCUCCCCACCUCUGUUUCCCCCUCCUCUCUCGCCAGGCCUCUACGCGGACGGGUUCGUGCCGGGCCGGACUUCGGCUAUGGCAAACCGGACAGUGAAGGACGCGCACAGCAUCCACGGCACUAACCCUCAAUACCUGGUGGAGAAAAUCAUCCGCACUCGCAUCUAUGAAUCCAAGUAUUGGAAGGAGGAGUGCUUCGGCCUCACAGCUGAACUGGUGGUGGAUAAAGCCAUGGAACUGAGAUACACUGGUGGAGUUUAUGGAGGAAAUAUCAAGCCAACACCAUUCUUGUGCUUGACUUUGAAGAUGCUGCAGAUACAGCCUGAAAAGGAUAUCAUUGUUGAAUUUAUAAAGAACGAAGAUUUCAAGUAUGUAAGAUUGCUGGGUGCAUUGUACAUGAGACUGACUGGCACUGCUAUAGAUUGCUACAAAUACCUAGAACCUUUGUACAAUGAUUAUCGAAAAAUAAAAAGCCAAAAUAGAAAUGGGGAGUUUGAACUAAUGCACGUGGAUGAGUUUAUUGAUCAACUGCUCCAUGAUGAGCGAGUUUGUGAUGUCAUUUUACCUAGACUACAGAAACGAUAUGUCCUAGAAGAGGCUGAACAACUGGAACCACGAAUUAGCGCUUUGGAAGAAGAUAUGGAUGAUGUGGAGUCCAGCGAGGAGGAGGAAGAGGAGGACGAAAAGAUGGAGCGAGUUCCCUCACCUGAUCACAGGAGAAGAGGCUACAGGGAUCUAGACAAACCCCGCAGAUCUCCAACUCUGCGUUACAGAAGAAGCCGAAGCAGAUCUCCUAGAAGGCGAAGCCGAUCCCCGAAGAGGAGAAGUCCAUCACCACGUCGGGAAAGGCAUCGCAGCAAGAGCCCAAGGCGACACCGAAGUAGAUCUAGGGAAAGACGUCACAGAUCAAGAUCUAAAUCUCCAGCAGGGCAUCAUCGUAGCCAUAGACAUCGAAGUCAUUCCAAGUCCCCAGAAAGAUCUAAAAAGAGCCAUAAGAAGAGUCGUCGGGGAAAUGAAUGAACCUAGAGAGUUCAAGAAUCUGAGCCACCACUUCUUUUCUUGUAGAUAUCAGGCAUCAGGAUGGGUAGAAGCUGCUGUGACAGCUAAUAAUUUUUGUAUUCACUUAGUAUUCACAACGUUUUCUUUGGCAACAUAAUAUUCUUUGUUUAACUUGAGGGGACAUUCAUUCAGUGUAUGUUCAUGUUUUUUCCUAAAAGAAGUGUUGUGUAAAAAAUUCUUUUGACAGCCAGUACUUGCUUAAAACUAUAUAAGAGCAAGGCACAAUGAAUUGUUUAUGAAAGUCUUGCUUUUGGAGUAUUUGUAUAACAAUUUUUAUGUAACUCAUAAUUUUAUCAGCCAACAAGCUGUUCAAAAAUGUACAUAAUUCUGUAGGGAAUUGCUUCAGGUGUACUAUUGUAACUUCUUUAUUAAAAUCUUUGAUAAACAAGCUGCAGAACAAA